AUGCCUCUCUCUGGACACUGCCUUUGCAAAGCCGUCACCUACAAGGUCGACGACGAGCCUCUUCUGGUCGGCUACGAUCACUGUGACGAUUGCCAGCGCCAGAGUGGUUCUACUUACUCUCUCGUGGCUGUCGUCAAGAAGGACAAGCUCACAAUCAGCGGCCCCGUCAAGACCUACUCUGGCAGUAAGGGCUCUUCAGGCAACAUUGUCCACCGUCUCUUCUGCCCAGAGUGCGGCUCUCCCAUCGCCCACGACCCGGACGCUGCUCCUGAGAUCAUUGCGCUCAAGGCCGGUACUCUCGACACUGAGAUCAAGAAGAACCUGAAGCCUGACACCGAGAUCUGGACCGUCAGCAAGCUGCCCUUCUGCCAGGAGCACCUUGCUAAACCCUUUUCCCACAUGCCCGAGUAA